AAGCGAAAUCAAGCUGUUGGUUGAGUCAGACUAGACUAGAGAUGGAACACUGACAAAGUCAAACCAGUUCCUGUCUCUCUGGUGGUGUAGCUCACUUCCUGUGCCACUGCUGCUUUUCACAUUUGACUCUCCCUGUUAAGACUGUUGCUCUCACAGAAAUGGAUUUUUUGAUGACAGAGUCAACUUAUAAACUUCUUAUAUUUUUAUGCAUGAUACAAGGAACAUGUGGAGUUCUUAUAAAUUACAAUGCUAUUGAAACUGCUGUGGAGGGACAGAACACCAGCCUGCAAUGCAUUGUGGGAAAGGAGCAUGACAUCACAAUUAUCCAGCUGGAAUGGCUUAAACAGCAAAAAGAAAAUGAGAAGAACGAUCAGAAGAUUGUUGUGUUCCAUCCUGGGUUCCCAACACAUUACUUUCAGUCCGGUCCUCUCCUGGAGAUAGUGCCCAGUUCAGAAUCCAGGAAGCUGCGGGGCUCGAUCCUGACUCUCCAUAAAGUCAGACUGAAUGACAGUGGAAACUACAUUUGUGAAAUCACUUCAUAUCCCAAUGGCUCGAUUAAAAGAAUCAUAAACCUGCAAGUUACAGAGCCUCCAGCAUCAGUGAAGAUGUCAUAUCCAUACGGAUUCAUAAAAGAAGGAGAUGAAGUGAAAAUAACUUGUUCAGCGAGCCCUCCUCUGUUACAUUAUAAACUUAGAAGGUUGAAGGACAAGAUAUUUUGGCUGGAAAGCUCAAACGGAGAGUUCGUUUUACCAAACGUCACUAGAAACGACAGCGACGUGUACAUCUGUUUACCUGAAUGGGACUCGGUAGUCCGAAAUCAGCAAGGUCUCAAUGCCACGGUGGAACUGACUGUGAACUUUCUUGAUGGCAUUGAGUGUAACACAAGCAGCCCUUUAAACACCAGCGUUGGUGAAGAUGUGACGGUUUCGUGUAUCGCAGAAGCAUCUCAAGACUUGCAGUAUAAAUGGAUGAGGGGGGACACAACGCUGUCUCUCUCAGACACUUUGUCUCUGACCUCUGUAACAUCUGACCAGUCAGGAACAUACAAACUGACAGCUGUCUUUCUGGACAAUCAACUGCAGAGAGACAUGGAGUUUACUAUCCGUGUCCUCUCAAAGCAGAGUAAAGGAAUGACAACUACUUCUUCGGCAUGGACCAGCAAACAUCUGAGCAGCUUUAGCUCGGAUGGGACCAGCUCAUGGAGCACUGACACCACUGUACCUACAACAGAAUACGGUCACUUCUUAAGCAGUUCGGUGAAACCAAAUGUCACUGUGACAACCCUACAACCCAGACACAGCAGCCAUCCCACUCCUCUCACUGGCAGCUCUUCUGCUCCACCUGUUGGCAAUGCAUUUACAUUACAUACAAGCACUGUAAAACCUACAGACCGUUUGAGCACAACUCCAGAACCAGCUACGAGAAGAACAGAAAGAGCCACCUCUGUCGUAACGCAGAAAAGCACCGUAGACACCGCUGCGACACCGCAAGCCUCAAAAAACUCAGCAUACAUCGCUGUCCCGAUCGUGUUGCUGUUGCUCGCGUUGAUCGUGCUUUUAUACAGAAGACACCAGAACCAAAAAAAAAUGGAUAUGCCACCUCCAUUCAAACCUCCUCCUCCCCCGGUGAAAUACACAUCAGUGAGGAACCGUGAUGUGCCUAUGACUGAUAUUCUGGUGUGAAUGUAUCAAACACUUGAGAACCCACAACUCGUGGGAAACAAAUAUGCUGACAGGAGGAUUUCUCCUCACUCAUGGGUCAUACUGCCUCAGUGCAAAAAGUUUAUAAAGACAUUGUAAACGUUAUCAGUUAGAAUCGAGAAAAUGUCUUUAGGGACAGAUUUAAUCGUAAAGGUUUACAUAUAAAUCAACACCCACAGACCACGUUAAAUGUGUUUAAAAAUAUGUGAUUUGAAGUUACAUAGAAGUGUUGUGGGUUAAGAGUUUUCGUUUCAUUUGGGUGAAGUACCUCUUCAGUAUUUUAUUUUGGAACAUGAGAUCCUUGUUUUUAUGUCAUUUUCUGAGUAGUUCCGAACAGGUUGUGCAUGAAAUCUGUGAAUCUCUUGUAAAUGAUGUAUAUUUGUUGUUUUUGUAAGUUUUAAAAAUUAAACAUUACAAACAUUAAAUAAAAUACAAAUAUAUUAUUUAGGAAAUAACUAA